CUUUGACCUGCGCCGCUUCCGGUUGAAGACGUGGCUCGGGGCCGCCAUCUUGGCAAGAGGCGAAGCGGCAGCGGCUCCUGUCAAGCGGGCAGCAGAUCCAGAGCGGCCCGUGCUCCCCUUCCCCAGACCCUCCCCCUAUCCCCAGUGGAGCCGGAGAGCGGGCGCGCCCCACCACCGCCCUCACCAUGGUGCUGUUGGCAGCAGCGGUCUGCACAAAAGCAGGAAAGGCUAUUGUCUCUCGACAGUUUGUGGAAAUGACCCGAACUCGGAUUGAGGGCUUAUUAGCAGCUUUUCCAAAGCUCAUGAACACUGGAAAACAACAUACGUUUGUUGAAACAGAGAGUGUAAGAUAUGUCUACCAGCCUAUGGAGAAACUGUAUAUGGUACUGAUCACUACCAAAAACAGCAACAUUUUAGAAGAUUUGGAGACUCUAAGGCUCUUCUCAAGAGUGAUCCCUGAAUAUUGCCGAGCCUUAGAAGAGAAUGAAAUAUCUGAGCACUGUUUUGAUUUGAUUUUUGCUUUUGAUGAAAUUGUCGCCCUGGGAUACCGGGAGAAUGUUAACUUGGCACAGAUCAGAACCUUCACAGAAAUGGAUUCUCAUGAGGAGAAGGUGUUCAGAGCUGUCAGAGAGACUCAAGAACGUGAAGCUAAGGCUGAGAUGCGUCGUAAAGCAAAGGAAUUACAACAGGCCCGAAGAGAUGCAGAGAGACAGGGCAAAAAAGCACCAGGAUUUGGCGGAUUUGGCAGCUCUGCAGUAUCUGGAGGCAGCACAGCUGCCAUGAUCACAGAAACCAUCAUUGAAAGUGAUAAACCAAAAGUGGCACCUGCACCAGCCAGGCCUUCAGGCCCCAGCAAGGCUUUGAAACUUGGAGCCAAAGGAAAGGAAGUAGAUAACUUUGUGGACAAAUUGAAAUCUGAAGGUGAAACCAUCAUGUCCUCCAGUAUGGGCAAGCGUACUUCUGAAGCAACCAAAGUGCAUGCUCCACCUAUUAAUAUGGAAAGUGUACAUAUGAAGAUUGAAGAAAAGAUCACAUUAACCUGUGGACGAGAUGGAGGAUUACAGAAUAUGGAGUUGCAUGGCAUGAUCAUGCUUAGGAUCUCAGAUGACAAAUAUGGCCGAAUUCGUCUUCAUGUGGAAAAUGAAGAUAAGAAAGGGGUGCAGCUACAGACUCAUCCAAAUGUGGAUAAAAAACUUUUCACUGCAGAGUCUCUAAUUGGCCUGAAGAAUCCAGAGAAGUCAUUUCCAGUCAACAGUGACGUAGGGGUGCUAAAGUGGAGACUACAAACCACAGAGGAAUCUUUUAUUCCACUGACAAUUAACUGCUGGCCCUCGGAGAGUGGAAAUGGCUGUGAUGUCAACAUAGAAUAUGAGCUACAAGAAGAUAAUUUAGAACUGAAUGACGUGGUUAUCACCAUUCCACUCCCGUCUGGUGUCGGCGCGCCUGUUAUCGGUGAGAUCGAUGGGGAGUAUCGACAUGACAGUCGACGAAAUACCCUAGAGUGGUGCCUGCCUGUGAUUGAUGCCAAAAAUAAGAGUGGCAGCCUGGAGUUUAGCGUUGCUGGGCAGCCUAAUGACUUCUUCCCUGUUCAAGUUUCCUUUGUCUCCAAGAAAAAUUACUGUAACAUACAGGUUACCAAAGUGACCCAGGUAGAUGGAAACAGCCCUGUCAGGUUUUCCACAGAGACCACUUUCCUAGUGGAUAAGUAUGAAAUCCUGUAAUACCAAGAAGAGGGAGCUGAAAAGGAAAAUUUUCAGAUUAAUAAAGAAGACGCCAACGAUGGCUGACGAGUUUUUCCCAAAUUUACAAGCCA